GGGAGGACCAGGAAGCAAGCUGAGAUUUAAAUAAGGGACUUUUUUAUUUUGGCGACCUGCUUCUCUGCAGUUUAGUAUCCGAAGCGUUUUAACAAUGAAGUCUGUACUGUUCUUCUUCUCCCUCUAUUUUGUGAACUUUUCAUCUCAAGAAAUAUGUAACUACCCGCCAAGUGAAUGGUGCGCUACGCAGGAGAUUGCCAGAGCUUGCCAGGUUGAAAAUCAGUGCUUGGAAUUCUACGCCCGUGUCAGCAACAAGAAGUUCUCUGAUCCCGCCGUUCAGGUGGAGUUGUAUUAUGAAAGCCUGUGUGGAGGUUGUCGGAAUUUUAUUGUCACUCAACUCUUUCCAACAUGGUUAAUGCUAAACAACAUCAUGAAUGUGACACUGGUGCCUUAUGGGAAUGCAAUGGAGAAAAACAACAGUGGAAAAUGGGAGUUUGAGUGUCAGCACGGACCAGAAGAAUGUGUUGGAAAUAUGAUGGAGGCCUGUCUCAUGUACUAUCUUGGGAAUCUGGAUGAUUAUUUUCUAGUAAUAUUCUGUAUGGAAUCUUCCAACAAUGUGACAAUGGCUUUGGAUGCGUGUCUUAGUAUUUAUGAACCAAGUCUAUCAAGCAAAAAAGUUGUAGAGUGUGUUAACAGUGACUUGGGAAAUAAGCUGAUGCACCAGAAUGCCUUACGAACAGAAGCUCUAAAUCCCCCACACAAAUAUGUGCCUUGGAUUGUCAUCAAUGGGAAACACUCUGAUGACCUCCAAAGCCGUGCGCAGUCAGCACUGUUCAACCUUAUCUGUGAAACAUACACAGGACCCAAACCAGAUGCCUGCUCACAGAAGAAAGAAGAGAUUCCAUCCAAAAGCGACUUGCUGUGUUUAAACUAAAAAUGUUUAGUUACAGUUUAAUGUUCGUAUUAAAGAAGUAUUAAUUCAA